GACAAGCUCCUCUGAAGUGAGAAGCUGCCCUUGGCUGUGAGCCCUCUGCAAGAUCACUAAUGAUCACUUGGCAUUUCUGCGACACCGGCAGGUCCUUAGGGUUUGUGCAGGUUUGCAGUCAUGUUCACCGUUUCUCAAACCUCGAGAGCAUGGUUCAUCGAUAGGGCCCGUCAGGCUCGAGAGGAAAGGCUUGUGCAGAAGGAGCGGGAGCGGGCAGCCAUCGGGAUUCAGGCCCACUUCCGGAGUUUCCUCUGUCGGAGUCGACUGCAGAAAGCAAUCAGGAGAGAGAUCGAUGAGUUUUUUCAAGCAGAUGACUCUGGGUCCAGUAAAAGAAGUGCACUUUGUAUUUUUAAGAUUGCCAGGAAACUGCUGUUCUUGUUCAAGAUUAAAGAGGAUAACGAGAGAUUUGAAAAGUUGUGUCGCUGCAUCCUGAGCAGUAUGGAUGCUGAGAACGAACCCAAGGUGUGGUAUGUGUCCCUGGCUCUUUCCAAGGAUCUCACCCUCUUAUGGAUUAAACAGAUCAAGGACAUUCUGUGGCAUUGCUGUGAGUUUCUUGGGCAGCUCAAGCCUGAAAUCUUACAAGACUCCAGACUCGUCACACUGUACCUCACGAUGCUUGUCACCUUCACAGACACUUCAACAUGGAAAAUUCUCCGGGGGAAAGGUGAGAGUCUUCGGCCAGCCAUGAACCACAUUUGUGCAAAUAUAAUGGGACAUCUCAAUCAGCAUGGAUUUUAUUCUGUGCUUCAGAUAUUGUUAACCCGUGGCCUGGCGAGACCCCGGCCUUGUCUGUCCAAAGGCACUUUAACUGCAGCCUUUUCUCUGGCGUUGCGCCCUGUGAUUGCUGCACAGUUUUCAGACAAUCUGAUCCGGCCAUUCCUCAUCCACAUCAUGUCUGUGCCAGCUCUUGUGACUCAUCUCAGCACAGUGACCCCUGAGCGCCUCACUGUUUUAGAAUCUCAUGACAUGCUUCGUAAAUUCAUCACAUUUUUAAGAGAUAAAGAUCGAUGCCGUGAUGUCUGUGAAAGUUUAGAAGGAUGCCAUACGCUGUGUCUGAUGGGCAACCUCUUGCACUUGGGCUCCCUCAGCCCCAGAGUGUUAGAGGAGGAGACGGAUGGGUUUGUGAGUUUGCUCACCCAGAUGCUGUGCUACUGUCAGAAGUACGUGUCCCAGAAGAAAUCCAACCUGACCCACUGGCACCCUGUCCUCGGCUGGUUCUCCCAAUCUGUGGAUUAUGGCCUUAACGAGUCAAUGCCCUUAGUCACCAGACAGCUGCAGUUCCUGUGGGGGGUGCCUCUGAUCCGUAUCUUCUUCAGUGACAUCCUGAGCAAGAAGCUGCUGGAGAACCAGGAGCCGGUGGCCCACGUGCAGCCUACCUCCCCACAGAACGUGCUUCCAAUGAAGAAUCUCCUGAAGCGUGCGUUUCAGAAGUCGGCAUCAGUGCGGAACAUCCUCAAGCCUGUCGGGGGAAAACGCGUGGACUCUGCGGAGGUGCAGAAGGUUUGCAACAUCUGUGUCCUCUACCAGACCUCACUGACAACCCUGACUCAGAUCCGGCUGCAGAUACUAACAGGUCUCACUUACCUUGAUGACCUGCUGCCCAAACUGUGGGCAUUUAUCUGUGAGCUGGGGCCCCACGGCGGGUUAAAGCUCUUCUUGGAAUGCCUCAGCAACGACACCGAAGAGUCCAAGCAGCUCUUGGCCAUGCUGAUGCUGUUCUGUGACUGUUCCCGGCACCUCAUCACGAUCCUUGAUGACAUUGAAGUUUAUGAAGAACAAAUUUCAUUCAAACUGGAAGAGCUGGUCACCAUCUCCUCUUUUCUGAAUUCCUUCGUGUUUAAGAUGAUCUGGGAUGGAAUCGUAGAGAACGCCAAGGGUGAGACCUUGGAGCUGUUCCAGUCCGUCCACGGGUGGCUGAUGGUGCUGUAUGAGAGGGACUGUCGGCGGCGCUUUGCCCCUGAGGACCACUGGCUGCGGAAGGAUCUAAAACCUAGUGUGCUCUUCCAAGAACUGGACAAAGACAGAAAACGGGCACAGCUGGUCCUGCAGUACAUCCCUCAUGUCAUUCCUCACAAAAACAGAGUUCUCCUGUUCCGAAACAUGGUUACCAAGGAGAAGGAGAAACUGGGGCUUGUGGAAACCAGCUCCGCCUCCCCGCACGUCACUCACAUUACUAUCCGACGGUCUCGGAUGUUGGAGGAUGGCUACGAGCAGCUCCGGCAGCUCUCCCAGCAUGCCAUGAAGGGCGUGAUCCGCGUGAAGUUUGUCAAUGACCUCGGGGUGGACGAGGCAGGGAUUGAUCAGGACGGUGUUUUCAAGGAGUUCUUGGAAGAGAUCAUCAAGAGGGUAUUUGACCCGGCACUCAACUUGUUCAAGACAACCAGUGGGGAUGAGAGACUCUACCCUUCGCCCACAUCUUACAUUCAUGAGAAUUACCUGCAGCUCUUUGAGUUUGUGGGCAAGAUGCUGGGGAAGGCCGUAUAUGAGGGAAUCGUGGUGGACGUGCCCUUCGCAUCCUUCUUCCUGAGCCAGCUGCUUGGGCACCACCACAGUAUCUUCUAUAGCUCUGUGGACGAACUACCUUCCCUGGACUCCGAGUUCUAUAAAAACCUCACUUCCAUUAAGCGCUACGAUGGGGACAUUGCUGAUCUGGGCCUCACGCUGUCCUAUGAUGAGGACGUCAUGGGUCAGCUUGUUUGCCAUGAACUGAUUCCUGGAGGGAAGACCAUUCCUGUUACAAAUGAAAAUAAAAUUAGCUAUGUCCAUCUGAUGGCACACUUCCGAAUGCACACUCAAAUAAAGAACCAGACAGCUGCCCUCAUCAGUGGAUUCCGCUCUAUCAUCAGACCGGAGUGGACCCGGAUGUUCUCAACCCCUGAGCUGCAGCGUCUCAUCUCCGGUGACAAUGCUGAGAUCGAUCUGGAAGAUUUAAAGAAGCACACAGUGUACUAUGGUGGUUUCCAUGGAAGUCACAGGGUCAUCAUCUGGCUCUGGGAUAUUCUGGCCUCCGACUUCACGCCCAACGAGAGAGCUAUGUUUCUGAAGUUUGUGACCAGCUGCUCCAGGCCCCCGCUCCUGGGAUUCGCCUACCUCAAGCCUCCUUUCUCCAUUCGCUGUGUGGAAGUGUCAGAUGAUCAGGACACCGGGGACACCCUGGGCAGUGUCCUCCGGGGCUUCUUCACCAUCCGUAAGCGGGAGCCUGGCGGCCGCCUGCCCACCUCCUCCACCUGCUUCAACCUGCUCAAGCUGCCCAACUACAGCAAGAAGAGCGUUCUCCGGGAGAAGCUGCGCUACGCCAUCAGCAUGAACACGGGCUUCGAGCUGUCCUAGCACCGUCCCGGGAGCAUGACCAACAUGCUGGGUGACGCUGCCCAGACCCUCUCUAUAGCCAUGAGACUCCCCUGUGGCCUCAAGACUUUGGGAUGCACGUGACAACUCCACACAACAUUCUCCAGGUGACACUGAUGGGAAGGGGUGUCAGACAUAAAUCUCCAGAUUCUGCCAGCAUCGGUCCUUUCUUCUUACAUCCCAGUGGCCUGGAGCCCAGGCCUGUGAUUGUGGAGGGGCUUCUCUUUUUUGAUAGUUAGGUCUUUUUGUGAGUCUUUCUUUCCUUACCGUUCUGAGUGAGCUGUGCGUGAACAAGGCCCAGGCACUCCAGGGCUCCAGAGUGGUUUCCGUGGCAUGGGCCUUUGUGCACAAAACCUAGUACACGUGAGAUGCUCUCCUUCCGUUUCUGAAAUCUCUACUCAGGUAAGGCCUUGCCAAGCCUCUAUGCACCCAACAAAGUCUCCACCUCCAUCCCAUCCACAGCAGCCUCUCUCCAGACCGCCAAGUCCACCUGCUCCCCAGGGAAGGAGAGGCGCCUGCCAGGAGGUCAUGAGCACAGGAAGUUCCAGGCGCUGCUCCCACUGGGAAGCCUUGUGGCAGCCCCCCUCCCUCACUCUAACCUCAGAUGCUCUGCGUCCUCAGCGGGCCUCUGCCAGGGAGCCUCCACUGGCUUGUUCCCAAAUGUACGUUCACAUUGGCAUCCUGGGUUUACCAGAAAACACCUGUUGGCCCUAAGAGCAGCUCCAUUUCUAGAAGGCACCAGCUGUUACCCGAAGCCUCCCAAUCCCCAAGGAGCAGCUGCCUUUCUCCUGCCCAUUUGCUCGCUGUUAUCUGGGAAGAAAAACACUAACCAAGGCCCUGUCCCAUUGGGCGUGGCUUUACUCAUAGAUUGUAAAAUCCCAAGACACUUGGGUUUUGCACCCAUCCUUCCAGUACAGAGAACCCGGGAGACCUUUGCACUGACUCCGCUCACGAGGCUCAGGAAAUUCACAGCCCCCGGGGUUGGUUUUCUCUGUUGUUUUCUUACCGUUUGCUCUUUCAACCCAUUGCUCCUCGGUCCUCAUUCUCCAUCUUCACCUUGAGAACUUGAGCUCCAGGGAAUUGAGGCAAAGGCCAUGUCAGACGUGUUGACAACCAUCCACCCUCGCCCACCUCAUCACACCCCUUCAGCCUCCCCACCACGGAGACUGAGCCAGAUUAGAAGCCAGGAGUGCCUGGUCCCCUCCCUGCUCCGUGGAGCGGCUUAGGGCUCAUAGCUCCCUUCCAAGCAGCAAAACACCUUCCAGGAAGAACCUUCACAUUGGCAGCAAAGUGAGCAAGACCUGUCUCCACGGCUUCCGUCAGAGGGUUUCUGCCGAGUGCCAGUGUCCCUUCCUCACCCAAGCCUGGCUGUGCUGGAGCCCCUGGCUUCUGGAGAACUUGGAUGGAAAGACAGCAAGGAAUUUAAACACAGAUGGGAAUUUACCAUUUAAGAUUUAUCAGCAACCUCUGACUCUACGGAUUUGCCACUUUAAGUGCUCGCUUCCUCUGAAGAUCUCUUCUGAGCGUGUCUGUGUACACUGAGCAGGUUUGUACAUCUGUGCUGGGGCCUACAUAAUUGUCAACCUGUACAAACAAACGUGAUCCCACCUUGAUUUCUGUCACCCGAGAGUCAUCCUGUGUGGGACUGGGGGGAGAGUGGUUUCUAAGCAUCAGCUCGGGGCUUCUUUUGACGAGGAGGGGUAGUUUGAUAUUUCAUUUACACUCUUCAACAGCUGGAAAUAUUGCACUAUCUAAAACACUACACCUGUGCUUUUAUAGCUGGUGUUCAGCAACACCGUGAUGGCUCUUGAUGGCUCUAAAAAGUUGUGGGUUUUUAAAAAAUAAAUUAUAAAACCAAAAGUCGUGGCCAUUUUUGUUUUCACAGAUGACUUACAGAUUAAAACGUGAUCAGAGGCUUUAUUAAAUUUGUACUUCAGCACAC